GUUGGGCCAAAGGGAAUUUGAGCAGUGAAAUGAAGCAGCGCAUCGGAAGCCCUGCUUCUGCUCCGCUGCCUGCCCAGAAGCCAUGUGUCCCCUUGGAAUUGGAGGUCAUUCCUGCUACUGGCGAGGGGCCCUUUUAUGGGAAUUCAAGACGAAGAAGUCUCCCCUCUUCCACUAGGCUACCUAAGAUGGAAGCCCCUCUGGUAAGCCUGGAUGAAGAGUUCGAAGAUCUGAGGCCGUGCUACAUUGAAGACCGGGAAGAGAAAUCUCAUUAUUUUUAUGGCUCCUCUCCUCGGCAUUUGGAAGACCCCUCCCUUUCUGAGCUUGAGAACUUCUCCUCUGAGAUCAUCAGCUUCAAGUCCAUGGAAGAUUUGGUCAAUGAAUUUGACGAGAAGCUCAAUGUCUGCUUUCGGAAUUACAAUGCCAAAACUGAAAACUUGGCCCCUGUGAAAAACCAGCUCCAGAUACAAGAAGAGGAGGAAAACCUGCAGGAUGAGGAGUAA